CUCCAAACAACCUCAGCAGCGCGAUGGGGAAGUCGCGGGUGUCGUACUUCUACCACCCGGAAGAAGGGAACUUCUACUAUGGACCGGGUCAUCCCAUGAAGCCGCAUCGACUGAAGUUGGCGCACCACCUCGUGUUGAACUACGACCUGUUUCGUAAGAUGGAAGUGUUUGAACCGCAUUGGGCGUCGUCGGAAGAAGUCAAGGCAUUCCAUACCCCCGAGUACGUCGAGUUCCUCAAGAAGAUCAGCCCAUCCAACGAAAAGCAGUACCAAUCCGAUGUCAACAAAUUCAACGUGGGCGAAUUCACAGACUGUCCUGUGUUUGACGGCAUCUUCAACUUUUGCCAGAUCUACUCUGGCGGGUCCCUGGAUGCCGCGUACCGGUUAAACCACGGCCUCACGGACGUCGCGAUCAACUGGGCGGGGGGGUUGCAUCAUGCGAAAAAGUCGGAAGCAUCUGGGUUUUGCUACAUUAACGACAUCGUGCUGGGCAUCCUCGAGCUUCUCAAGUACCAUCCUCGGGUGCUGUACAUUGAUAUCGACGUCCACCACGGCGACGGCGUCGAAGAAGCGUUUUACGUCACGGAUCGCGUCAUGACGGUGUCAUUUCACAAGUACGGGGAUUUCUUUCCUGGCACGGGGGACAUCAAGGAUGUCGGUGCGAAAGCGGGCAAGUACUACGCCGUCAACUGUCCGCUCAAGAGCGGCAUCGACGAUGAGAAUUACUUGACGAUUUUCAAACCCGUGGUGGAAAAAGUCAUCGAGACGUUCCGACCUGGCGCGAUUGUGCUGCAGUGCGGCGCCGACUCGCUCACGGGCGACCGCCUCGGCUGCUUCAACCUGACUGUGCAAGGACACGGCGAAUGCGUCAAGUAUGUCAAGAGCUUUGGGCUGCCCACGAUGGUAUUGGGCGGGGGCGGGUACACGAUCCGCAACGUGAGUCGGUGCUGGGCGUACGAGACGGCCGUGUGUUUGGACGAGCAAGUGAGCAACGACAUCCCUUUCAACGAGUACUUUGAGUACUACGCGCCUACAUUCAAACUGCACCUGGACCCGAACUCGGACCUGGAAAACUGCAACUCGCGCGCGUAUUUGGAGGACGUCAAGAUCAAGAUCUUUGAGCACUUGCGCAUGCUCAAUGGGGCGCCGAGUGUUCAGAUGACGACAAUGCCGCCCGACUAUGUGCUGCGCGAAGAGGACGAAGACGCGACGACGGACCCGGACCAGCGGACCGAUCACGACGGCGCCAAGCGCCAGCAUGACGCUGAAAUGUACGCCCAUGACAAGGACCAACGUGGCAAGGACGACGGAAGGGUGCCUUCGCACGAGAAUGUGGACAUGGUGGACUGACCACAGGCGGCAGGAUAAGCCAUACAUUGGUGUACACUUACGAAGAAUAAAUCGUUUGAAUGCUGUCGAUAGCACGAACGUCUGCCUGUACAUUACACUGAGACACGGAGAAAGCCACGAGGAUGUAUAUGAGUACUAUACCAUAUCGAAC